AAUACCAAAUUGGGUUGGGUUUCCUUGUUCAUUCAUGAGUGUUACAUUAUAAGAUAAGGCAAAGGUUGUGGUAUAAGCAAAUAACUUAGGAAAAGUAGCGAGAAUUUUAAGGUGACAGAAGAAACGGCCAUGGAAUUUCAAGGUGCCAGAAACUUUUCCAUAGAGUCUCCAGGAAAUGAUGUGUUUAGCUCUAAAUAUGAUGAUGAUGGUCACGUGAAACGAACAGGAACAUGGGUAACCGCGAGUGCGCACAUAGUGACGGCUGUUAUUGGGUCUGGGGUGCUUUCGCUCGCAUGGGCCGUUGCUCAGUUGGGCUGGAUUGUAGGGCCCACAAUUCUGACAGUGUUCUCAGCCAUUACUCUCGUCACCUCCUUUAUGCUCAGCGAUUGCUAUAGGUACCCUGACCCUGUUCAUGGAUCCAGAAACCCCCGCUAUAUGGAGAUGGUCAAAAAUGUUUUAGGAGGAAUUCAAUGCCAGCUUUGUGGAUGGGCUCAGUACAUAAUUCUUUUUGGAACAAGCAUUGGAUACACCAUCACUGCAUCCAUUAGCAUGGUAGCCAUCAAAAGAUCGAAUUGCUUUCACAAACAUGGGCACGAAGCCAAGUGUCAUGCAGCAAAUUACCCAUUUAUGAUAAUCUUUGCAGUUGUUGAGAUUUUGAUAAGCCAAAUCCCUGAUUUCCAUGAACUUUCCGGCCUCUCUAUUCUUGCUGCCAUCAUGUCUUUCGGUUAUGCUACCAUUGGCGUUGGUCUAUCCAUUGCUAAAAUUGCAGAGGGAGGAAACCAUGCGACAAGUCUUACAGGGGUGAUCGUUGGAGAAGACGUGACAAGCCAGCAGAAGCUAUGGAACACUUUCCAAGCCAUUGGAAACAUAGCUUUUGCAUAUGGCUUCAGUAUGGUAAUCGUUGAGAUACAGGACACAUUAAAAUCAAGCCCUCCAGAAAAUCAAGCCAUGAAGAAGGCAACCGCCACUGGAAUCUCAAUCACCACAUUGUUCUAUAUGUUAUGUGGCCUUCUAGGCUAUGAAGCAUUUGGGAACAAGGCACCCGGAAACUUCUUAACAGGAUUUGGUUUUUAUGAACCAUAUUGGCUUGUUGACAUUGGCAAUGUCUUCAUAGUUAUUCAUUUAGUUGGCGCCUACCAGGUAUUUUCACAGCCAAUUUUUACGCUUGUGGAAGGUUGGUGUGCGAAGCGUUGGCCUGAAAGCAACUUCAUGGCAAAAGAAUAUCAUGUGAGGAUUCCAUUGGUUGGCACAUACAGAGUGAAUGCGUUCAGGGUGAUAUGGAGGACACUGUAUGUGAUACUCACCUCUGUCGUUGCUAUCCUAUUGCCCUUCUUCAACAGCAUUGUGGGUUUGCUUGGGGCUGUUUCCUUUUGGCCCUUGACAGUGUACUUUCCAACUGAGAUGUACCUAGUGCGGGCCAAAGUGCCCAAGUUUUCUGUCAUUUGGAUUGGGGUCAAAUUGCUUAGUGGCUUCUGUUUGAUUGUCACUCUUGUUGCUGCAGCUGGAUCAAUUGAAGGAAUCAUUACAGACCUUAAAACCUAUGACCCCUUCAACUAAAUCCUAUGUAUGUGUCGUUAAUUAGCUCUUGGGAUGGACAAUUGUUUUAUAAUGACGAUAAUCAUGCUUUAAAUUAGCUAUCCAUGUAAACUAUCUAAAGUCUAAAGCC